UAUUUGUCAAUUAAGACAAAGAAGGACACUUCCUACCUCUUUCCUCAUCCUUGUGCUCGACCAACCCCUCCAAGAAGAAAAAAAUUGAGCUCUCAAAACACUCUCCAUUGCUGCAACUCGAGCUCAAGCCAUAGAGAUCCAAGGAGGAAGAUUUGAGAAGGAAAAAUCUAGGAAAAGUGUGAAUAAUAAAGGCACUUGUAAAGGGUAUUUCAAGUGAUUUCACAAAGUUGGAAAAGUCGCCGGAGUUGACCAAAAGUCACCGGAGUUUCACCGGAGUUCAACCAAGAAGGGUAGAACUUCAUAACGCUAGUUCAAGGUUGAAGCUAGGGCUUGCUACUUGCACCUUCUCACGGGUGAUAUCAUAUCAGGAAGACGUGGUUCGUGCUUCCUUAUUUUCUUUCAAACUACCGAACACUUGCUCAUGGAUAUUUGUUUUACUAUAAACUAUUUUUGGGGCUUGCAUGCCCAUGUUGUUGGCCGGUUGUGGCUCAUGACUUACCGUUGAAUAUUUCCGCUAUUCAUUGGUUUUAAUGUGAUGUUGUUAUGUAUGUUUACUACUGAGUAUGGAUGGAUUAUUUCUCGAACGCCUUGUGUAAUUAAGUGAGGUUGACUCGCGGGUGACGUCACUUAAUUAUACGGCGGUUGUACACGCGCUUGGAUUGCGGUCUGGGGCGUGACAAAUCUACUGGAGAAGGCGGAACAUAAGAUGCCUGAAUGGUAGCAAACUCACAUCAGCCUGGAAGAAAUAAUCAAGGAGUUUAUGCAAACGACUGCAUCAUUCCAAAAGACCAUACAGAAUGACGCCAGAAUCUAAUCGGGAGUGGCGGGUCAGCCGGCAGAAGCCCAACCUGAGGAGACAAAUAGGGAUGAUCAUGAGAGUGAGUCAGACUGCGGUGGUGGGAAUAUGAUGGAUGAUACACUUCUAGAUGCUUUUGAAGUCUUGCCUCUAUUUGAACUUGAACAAAAAGAGAUUAGUCUCGAGUUUGUGCAUCAAGAUUCCACACAAUGCACGCAAAAGUUUCAAACAGUACAAUCCGAAAUUGAUGAAGACAUGGAUCACCGUGAUUUUCAUAUAGAAACUCUUCAGCCGUUUGAUUUACCAUCAUUCUCAACACCUGAUGAGGGCAUGAAGCAGAUCAGUGAUGACGUUGAUGAAGCCAUUGGAGUAGUCUUGAGUAUUGAAGAUGAGUUGGUAGAAGAUAAUCAUAAGUGUCAAGAGAGUAAUAUCGAGAAGAAUGCUGAUCAUAAUGAAGAAGUCCCGCUCCACAUACAAGAUUUGGAGCGAUCCACUUGUACACAUGAUUUGAAGUCCCUCUUGUACACAUGUAGCGAUCCACUUUUACGUUAUUCCAGAUUUGGAUUUCUUGGAUUCACUCCUUGAUGAUGAUAUUCCUUUUUGUGUUGAAAAUGAUCACAAUUUCCGGGAAGAUAUUAAUAAGAGCAAUGACAAUAGGAGUUGGGAUGCCUUCAUUGAGAGUGAUAUUGAGUCAAUAGUAGGCGCUCCGAAUUUUCACAAUACAUUUGAGCGAGGAGAGGAUGUGCUUGUGAUGCACUUUGAGCAUGAGGAUGUGAGGGUGAUUCUACUGUUGUUUGCUGAUGAUAUUCAUGAAGACCGAAUGAUUCCUAUGUGGUUUCAAGAGUUUAAGAAUUUGCACCACCUAAUGGCAUUUGUUGAGGGAAAGUUGGAUACUUUGAUGAUUAGUAGGGGUGAGCAAAUAACCGACAAAACCGAUAAAACCGAAAACCGAUACCCGAACCGACCGAAAAAGUCGGUUAUCGAUCGGUCAUCGGUUAUUACAUAUUAGAAGAAGUCGGUUAUUCGGUUAACGGUCGGUUAUUUUAGUCGGUUAUCGGUCGGUUAACCGAAAACCGAAAUAUAGUCUACUCUGUAUAAACAUUUGCAUUUACUUCAUGUAUGCUAUGAUGUUUUACUUAAUAACAUAUCAUAAUUACUCUAAGAAAUAAUGUCAAAUAUAUGAACAAAUUGAAUAUCGU